AUGCCCCCGUGCCCCAAAGCUGCUGAGCAGCAGCGAGGCCUGCAGUGGGUGGGAAUGGGGGCCGCCUCGCUUGCCCAAUCCUGGCCCCUUCCCCAGGCAGCCAGCGAGCGAGCGAGGAGCAGGAGGCGGGCGGGCGGGCGGGCGGCUGGGCUGGCCGGGGCGCGCCCUGGAGGCGAGGCGCGGGGCGGGGCGCGGGGCGGGGCGCGGGCGCGCGCGGGGGGGGUGGCUGUGCGCGCCCCUGCGAGGGGCUGGAGGCUGCUCGGCGGCGGCCGGCGCUUGUUGCUGGCUGGCUGGGCGGCGGUGCGGGCCGGGGCGGGCGGCUGGAGGAUGGCGGCGCCGGCGGCGUCGGGCGGCUGCAAGGGCUCGGGGGUCCCCGGCGCCGCUCGCCCCCCGCCCGAGCUGGACUUCCGCUCGGGCGCCCGGCUGGAGGAGCUGAGCCGGCUCAUCCACGAGUUCGGGCGCCACGAGCAGCGCGACUACGACGACCAGCGCGCCCUGGAGAUCCACACCGCCAAGGACUUCAUCUUCUCCAUGCUGGGCAUGGUACAGAAGCUGGACCAAAAACUGCCCGUCGCCAACGAGUACCUGCUGCUUUCCGGUGGGGUCCGGGAAGGCGUGGUCGACCUGGAUCUGGACGAGCUGAACAUCUAUGCUCGCGGGACCGACUACGACAUGGACUUCACCCUUCUGGUGCCGGCUCUGAAGCUCCAUGACCGGAACCAGCCCGUCACCCUGGACAUGCGCCACUCCGCCAUGUGCCACUCAUGGCUGAGCUUGCGGCUCUUCGACGAGGGGACGAUCAGCAAGUGGAAGGACUGCUGCACCAUCGUGGACCAUAUCAACGGGGCGACCAAUUACUUCUUCUCCCCCACCAAGGUGGCAGACUGGUUCUACGACUCCAUCAGCAUCGUCCUCUCGGAGAUCCAGAAGAAGCCCCAGAGGGGGAUGCCGAAAGUGGAGAAGGUGGAGAAGAACGGGACGAUUAUCUCCAUCAUCUUGGGGGUGGGCAGCAGCCGCAUGCUUUACGACAUCGUGCCCGUGGUGUCCUUCAAAGGCUGGCCGGCGGUAGCCCAGAGCUGGCUGAUGGAAAAUCACUUCUGGGACGGGAAGAUCACAGAAGAGGAAGUCAUCAGCGGGUUCUACCUGGUCCCCGCCUGCUCGUACAAAGGCCGGAAGGACAACGAGUGGCGGCUCUCCUUUGCCCGGAGCGAGGUGCAGCUGAAGAAGUGCAUCUCCGGCAGCCUCAUGCAGGCCUAUCAGGCCUGCAAAGCCAUCAUCAUCAAGCUCCUCUCCCGGCCCAAAGCCAUCAGCCCCUACCACCUGCGUAGUAUGAUGCUCUGGGCCUGCGACAGGCUCCCGGCCAACUACUUGGCCCAAGAGGACUACGCGGCCCACUUCCUCUUGGGCCUGAUCGACGACCUCCAGCACUGCUUGGUCAACAAGAUGUGCCCCAACUACUUCAUCCCCCAAUGCAACAUGCUGGAGCACCUCUCGGAAGAGACGGUCAUGCUCCAUGCACGGAAGCUCUCCUCGGUGCGCUCGGACCCCACCGAGCACCUCCGGACUGCCAUCGAGCACGUCAAGGCGGCCAACCGGCUGACUCUGGAGCUGCAGAGGAGGGGCAGCACCACAAGUAUCCCGUCCCCGCAGUCGGACGGGGGAGACUCCAACCAACCCGACGACCGGCUGGCCAAGAAGCUGCAGCAGCUGGUGACGGAGAACCCGGGGAAAUCCAUCUCGGUCUUCAUUAACCCCGACGACGUCACGCGGCCUCACUUCAGAAUUGACGACAAAUUCUUCUGAGAGCAGCCCCUCCCUUUGGACUCUGCCAGCAGCUCUCCUUGGCCCACCUCUCUGGUGGUUCUCACAUAUCCACCUUUCUGUUGGGUUUUUGGAGACUGACCCAAAGGUCGUUCAGGUUCUGAAGCGCGAGGCGGGCUUUGAAACAGUGAAUCCCUAUUUCAUUUGCUGCUUUCUCCCUCCCCGAUAAUUUUGUGUGAACCUGUAAUUUUGGACAGUGAUCUUGACACUUCCCCACCCCUUUGUUUUCCAAGCUUCCCCGAUGCCCGUCUUUCCCUCUUUGCCUCCUCUUCUCUGUUGAUUCCGUUUUGCUUUCCUUCCCAACAGCUUCUUUUUGAUCGAAGAAGGUGAAAAAGGCCAGUCAUAAAUUUUGGCGGGUUUUCAUUUCCUUGGCCAACGCCCCAGUUGAAUUCGUUCUUCACUCCCCUCCUCCAGAAGGAUCAAGUUGACUUUAGAUGCAGGCGACUUCUUUCAAUUUGGGAUAUUCCCCCUCCCCCCUUCAGUCACCUCUUUUUUGAAUGUAAUUUUGUUCAGAAUCAAACUUCGUACCAUGCAGAGAAAGGCCCUUUCUGCCAAUCUUCCAUGCGGAAUAAGGUUCUGGAAUGCUAGUUUUUAGUGUGUGUGUAAUUAUUCAAAGCCUUAUUUAAACUCUAUUAAAGAACGUACUGUUAUCCACA